GACCUUUAAGUAAAGGAAAGUUUAUCACAGCGGCAUUGAUGCAACAAAUGGAAAAAACCUUUUUAGCUAUGAAUAGCAACGACGAAUCUGUGGAAGGGAAUUUAAACUUGCUUACACUGGAAACUCAAGAAGAGUCAGCGUCAACGGACACAGGUUUUAAAAAUAGCUUGGAUAGACUGACUGUUGAUACUUUGACGGUACUUUGUAGUGCCGAAGGUUUAUCGUGUUCUGGAUCCAAAAAGGAACUUGUCGAAAGGUUUGCUUCAAGAACGUCAAACAAGAUAAAGGGGAAAACCAGUGACCUCAGUGACAUUUUACAUCCAAACGAUGUGCAUGACAAUCAAGCUGAUGAAAGACCAAAGGGGGAAAGUCGUAAGAGGGGUUUUGGCUACUCAGAUCAGUUGGACGAAGUUUAUUACACGGGAACAAAUAAGGUUCUUCAAGAAUCAUUGGGUAACACUCUAGGUGGUGAUAUGAGUGACAGAAGACUGUCAGAAGAAAGAAAAUAUAUGUUACUAGAAAAAUCCUUGGAAAAAUCGUUGCAAGCAACA